AUGAAGUCUGAGCUCACAGUGAUGCUGCUGUUGCUGCUGCGGCUGUGGACUGCUGAAGGCCGGGCAGUGCUGGGUAGAAGAAGCGUUGCCUGGGACCGGUGCCAGGAGCUAUCUCAGAAUGUUACUGCCUUGGCGUGGGGCAUUCUCCCGAAGAUGGGAAACCUGGAGCUGCCAAGAGAGGAAAUCACCGGAGAGGCUGUAGAUGAUGUGCCCCACAUCCAGUGUGGUGAUGGCUGUGAUCAUCAGAGUCUCACUGUCAACAGCCAGCUCUGUUUGCAGCAGAUCCAUCGGGGCUUGAUCUUCUAUGGUCACUUGCUGAACUCGGACAUUUUCACUGGGGAACCUUCUCUACUUCAUGACGGUCCUGUGGGGCAACUCCAUUCCUCCCUGUUGGGCCUCAGCCAGCUCCUACAGCCCAAAGACCAAGCCUGGAAGAAACAGCAGGUUCCUAGGCCCAAAGAGCCGUGGCAGCGCCUUCUCCUUCGCCCCAAGAUCUUACAAAGACUAAGAGCCUUUGCCGCCAUUGCUGCACGAGUUUUCACCCAUGGAGCAGCCACUCUGAGCCCCUAG